CUUACUCCACACACACAGGCAGUCGGAGAGAGGGAAGACGUAAUGGUUUGAUUCCCUGUGCACUUGCCAUGGUCGUCGUCCUGACAUUACUCGGCAGAUUCCUCGAACGGGAGGUCCAAUGAAGGCCGGGGCAUCGUCCAUGUGGGCGUCAUGCUGCGGGCUGCUGAACGAGGUGAUGGGCACGGGCACGGUGCGGGCGCAGCAGCCCGGGUUCGGAGCGGGCGCCGGGCCCUUCCGCUUUGCCCCCAGCGCCGGAUACUCCACCUACCCGCCCACCAGCUCAGGGAGCGCCGGCCAGCUGUGCAAGGCCUGCGGACUGGCCUUCACCGUCUUCAGACGCAAGCACAUCUGCUGCGACUGUAAGAAGAGUUACUGCGCCCUGUGCUCGGUGCUGCAGGAGAACCUGCGCUGCUGCACAACCUGCCACCUGCUGCGCGGCACGGCCUUCCAGCGGCCCCGGCUCAUGCAGCUCCGGGUCAAAGACCUGCGCACGUACCUGCUGCUGCGCAACAUCCCCACGGACACGUGUCGGGAGAAGGAGGACCUGGUGGACCUGGUGAUGUGUCAUCAGGGGUCGAGGGAGCCCCAGAGUGCGGUGCUGGAGGUGGAAGAGGACGAGGAGGAAGAGGAUGAGGAGGACGAGGAGGAGGAGGAAGAAGAGGAGGAGGAGGACACACACGAGGAGGAGGAAGACGAAGGGGGAGAUGACACAGACAGUCUGCACUCGCUCCCCCACUCGCACGCCGCCUCGCCCCGCUCCGCCACACGCUCCGCCUCGGAACAGUCAGUCCUCUCCGCCUCUCUGGGAGAUGUGCUCAGCCCGAGUGACAGCUCAGGGACCACCAGCCAGGAGCAUGAGGAUACUCCAACGGCGUCCCUCUUGAACCUGGAGCCCACAGAAAAUAUCGUAGAGGUCAGUCCGGCCACACAGAGGAGGAUCAGGGCUUCCCUGUCUGAUCUGGACACCGAGGAGGCGAUAGAGAACCUCUCCGUCCGCCAGCUCAAAGAGAUUCUCGCCAGGAACUUCGUCAAUUACUCCGGCUGCUGCGAGAAGUGGGAGCUGCUGGAGCGAGUGCACCGGCUCUACAGAGAAAACGAGCUGAACAGGAAAUCGAUGGAAAAUGUGAGCAUAACUACAGUGGUUGCAUAUCCUCCACCUCUCUGCAACAGUGGUGUUGGAGACGGUGUCAAAGCUCAGCUGACUGCCGACGAAAACCUGUGUCGCAUCUGCAUGGACGCCAUCAUAGACUGCGUGCUGCUGGAGUGCGGCCACAUGGUCACCUGCACCAAAUGUGGAAAGCGGAUGAGCGAGUGCCCCAUCUGCAGGCAGUACGUGGUGCGGGCCGUGCACGUCUUCAAGUCCUAAAGACUCCCGGGCGUGUGAGCGGCGGAGCGCCCCCCCCCCUCGGGCGCGCACACGUGGGGCCAGAGCUCUGACUUCACCACUGAGGAAGAAGUGCUGUGUAUGACGUCUCACACGGGGGGGGGGGCUAAUGCUGCAGCGGGCGCGAGCAACUCCCCCCGGAAACCAGGCGGUUGCCUCUGGCCUGGUCUGGUUCCCCCUCCUCCCCUCUCUACUAACUCAUGCUCCAGUCCCACUGCUCCUCCCGGGUGGACCGUCAUCAGCCGCACCGGGAAACAGACACACACCCUCUCUCUUCAUCUCUCUAGGGUCUGAUAAACACACAGCAGACCCCCCCCCCCCCCACACACACACACACACAAACACACACACACACACACUCACCCCUGCCAUCCCUUUCUACUCUCUUUCGAGAUCCUACUCGCAGGAGAGGAGGUGGAGAGGACGGUGACUUGAAGCCGAAUCGGUUUGUUUCCGACGCAGCGCGGUGAGAAAUGUAAGACCCCAGGGGGAGAGUGGAUACGGUUCACACAGUCAUGCCACAUGACGCCGUGCGCCUCUCUCCCUCAGUGUUCUCUAGGAUGUGCAAUAUCAGAGAAAAAAAAUAAUUUCAAGAGACUUACUCACACGUGUUUUUAGUCGUCUCACACGCAGGAGGCUGUGAGGUGCCAAACGUCAUGCCUUUGUCUGAUGAUUGGGUUUAGGAUUUCACAUCAGUAGCGACAUCUCAUAACCAGCAAGCUCGGUGUGAUAGUUUACUCCCUUUUUUUUUUUUUUCAGUUUUCUCAAAUGAACUUUAGGAAAUAAAAGUAAAUGUUUGAACACCUACUGUGUGAAUGUGCUCGGACAUUUCCCUCGACCAGAACGCGGCGACAUGCUGCACGGUGUUCCUGUUGAGGGUGGGAGUUUCAUUCUUGACCUUUGACCUUUGAGACAGCAGUACGACGGAAAAACGGAAUCAUAACUUUGGACUCGUUCACAGGCGGUCAUGGAGGUGUUUCAGUUGACUUGGAGAUCACAGCUGUGUCUCAGUUCAGGGCCUGCGUCCUUCAGAGGCUGCGUUUGAAGGCUCUUCCAAAUCGACCAAUGAAAUGCUUCCUUUCGUCGCCGAGAAGCGAAGGCUCCAAAUGGCGGAUCCGUCUUGAGACAAACUAUCCCACUGAACAUCUACUAAUACACACGUUGAAACAAAACCAAGGGGCAUAAAAACAGCUCUGUUGAAAGGUGACACCCGUAAGAUGAUGGAGACGGUCAUCCCCUGCAGACCAGACCUUCUUGUUUUAAUCUGGCCUUUCGGUCUCUGCGUGGCCCAGGAAGGAGCUGGGGUCUCCUUGGGGUUGUGUAGACCGCGUCCUCCGGAGGUAGCAGCCCAUGAAUUGGGACACAGCUCAUACGAUGCCCUAAGGAAGAGGUUUUAAUGACCUGUUCAUCUUUCAUUUUAACAAAACUAGUUGGUUUGGAAACAGGGGCCACGCCUCAAACAUACCUUUAAUCACAUGUCAACAUAUAUCUGGUCAACCCUUCCCGCUCUGUUUGUCUCAGAUUCUUCGACUCAUCAUUUCCCUUCCCUUCAUCCCUUCAUCCUCCCCUCCCUCCCUCUUUUUCGGUGUGGUGCAUGCCUCUUGCAUGUCUCGUUCUCGGUACUGGCUGGCUGGGGGGGGUUUAUAACUCCACACUGAGUCUCCCUCCGCCUGUUCGCCGGUGCGUCCUCCCCCACCAGCCUAUCGGACACACCUUCACCCCAACUCUCCGAAUGCAAUCUAUCGAUUUCCAUUCAAAAACCUCGAAAUCCGAUAUGGUUGGGGUGUGGUCCUUGCGAGUGAAACAUCUUCCACCGAGCAACACCGUUUGAAUUCCACCUACCGAUUGUCCCUGUGUCCAUUAACGUAGAAUCUUAGGCAGGUUCAAGGUGCUACUUCCUCUUCUCUGUAGCGUAACGCCAUCAUCCACCUCUCUGUCACGUCCUCACUGUGUCCUUCCAGACAUCGUCCACAGCACGGAGAGAGGUCCAAGAACCCUGGUUUACUUUAACCUGUUAUGCAAACGAAACACUUUCUGUUCCUCAUGAGAUUCGGUUAACUCAGAUGUCACUAAUCUAUCCGUGUGUACAAAAUGCCUGUGGUUAAAAAAGAAAGGAAAAAACAAACCCAACUCAUUUGCUGUUCGGCGAAUAACAUACAGUAGAUAGUUUAUAUUGUCGUUUACUGAUGAGUUAUUAAAUGUAUAUUUUUCCAUGUACUCGGGGGACGACGUGAUUUAAGAUUCUGAUCAGUGCGGAGGUUUGAAAAUAAAAGAUAAUACACUGUUUUUUUCAGAAUGUAUUCCUGCUGGUUUGGGUCAGAAGAGUUCCUCAUGUGCUCUGACGCCGCCAUGGCCUCAUUUCCUCCCACAGCGCCUCUCACCAUCGUUCAGAUCGGAACCCGACACCGGAGCUGUGACACUGUAACUCGGUCAAGUCUGUUUGUUUGUGGACGCUGCUGUUUCUCAAAGAUGUCAUUCAUGGGCAGCUACAGUAUUACCAGAGUAGGAGGGGUAUCAUGAGCACUCAUAAUCCUGGAUCUUUAUAUUUUGGAAUGUUGAACCUUUUUAUUUUGGUAAACAAGAGAAAAAAAAAAAAGAUUUAUUAGAUUCAAUAAAAUGCAGUACUACAAACCA